AGCACAAAAGUUCUCUGCUGGUUGGGCAGAACAAAGCAGCUAAUGCUGAGGUCUGGUGCCACGGCCUUACCCUAGGCAGAUUCGACUGGCUCUCCUGCUGCCAAUCUCCACUGAAAGUAGAAGGAAGGAAGCCAGACUAGAGAUUUGGAAAGGGGAUGUUUCACCUACUCAGGCAGUGCAGAGCAUGGGCUGUGCACUAACCCUAGAGAGGGGUGGGGAUGAUGACAGAGCGAGAGAGGGGGGCUGGCUGCAUAUUUGGCUCUACUGAGCAGGCUGCUUGUGUGCAGUUGUAGCUCAAGCCCAGAGCAGCUGCCAGCCUGAGAAAAGCUGUGCAAGGAGGAAAAGAGAGAGAGGCUCUGCUCUCACAUCCUGGACAGUGGGUGCUGGAAGAGGGACGCAGGGGCUGCAAGGGGGGCAGGAGGGAGCUGAGCUGGAGGGGCGUGGACAGUGGGACCUGCACCCCAUGCCUUGUUUGCUGCUUUCCCUGGGGUCUCCGCACAGGCAGCAGUAGGAUUUACCUUGCUUGUUACAGGCAUGAGUCCCCAUUGCAGCCCGUGCUGAAGCGCCCCCCAGGUGCCUGGUUCUCCCUCUCUCUCUCUCUCAAUGACUGGGGGAGGCUGGUCCGCCCCAGAGCAGCCAGGGAAGGGGGGCAACUUGUGCCCGGCUCUGUAGAAGCUGUUCCCCGUGGCUGCAGCAGGAGGGGGCAGGGCAGGGCAGCAGGGACCCCCGGAGCCGAGCCGUGCGGCUCUCCCGCCUGAGCCUGCCCCUGGGCCAUGCAGAGGGGCCAGUGGGGGCUCAGCCUGCCAGGGAGGAUGCUGCCGCCGCUGCUGCUCGCCGGGACGGAGGGAGCCUGAACUGCGGCGGGAGGACGGGGCCAGCAGCCGCCCUGGCUCAAUGAGCUGCGGGGAGUCCCUGCCGCUGCGCCCGGAGCGGCUCCGCACUUCAUCCCCAGAUACUAAGACAACCUGUAAAGAAGCUCCAUGAAGGUGACCAGCCAUGCAAUGUUCCUGGAAGGCUGUCCUCCUACUAGCCUUGGCAUCCAUCGCGAUCCAGUACACGGCAAUCCGAACCUUCACAGCCAAGUCCUUCCACAGCUGCCCCAUCCCCAAUCCCAUGAACUGCAGCCUGAGCCAAGAGACUGAGUCGGCUGACAGACUAUGUGACGAGAGUCCAACCUUUGCUUAUAACCUCUCCAGAAAGACGCACGUUCUGAUCCUGGCCACCACCAGGAGCGGCUCCUCUUUUGUUGGACAGUUGUUUAACCAGCACUUUGAUGUCUUCUAUUUAUUUGAGCCCCUCUACCAUGUCCAGUACACCUUGAUCCCAAAGUUGACCCAGAGCAAGAGCACCACUGACAGGCGGGUCAUGCUGGGCGCUAGCAGAGACUUGCUGAGGAGCCUUUAUGACUGCGACCUCUACUUUCUCGAGAACUACAUCAAACCCCAGCCAGUGAACCAUACGACGGACCGGCUGUUCCGCAGGGGCGCCAGCAAGGCCCUGUGCUCGCCGCCUGUUUGUGAAUCACUGGGGCCCAUAGAUAUCCACCUGGAGGAAGGGGAUUGUGUGAAAAAGUGUGGCACCUUGAACCUGACAUUGGCCACUGAGUCAUGCAAAGAGCAUGGGCAUGUGGCCAUCAAAACAGUGCGGGUGCCGGAGGUCAGUGACCUCAGAGCCUUGGUGGAGGAUCCCAGACUAAACCUGAAGGUUAUUCAGCUGGUGAGGGACCCCAGAGGUAUCUUGGCUUCCAGAAGCGAGACCUUCCGAGACACCUACAGGCUUUGGAGGAUCUGGGAUGGUACUGGUAGGAAGCCCUACAACCUGGAUGUAACCCAGCUCACCACGGUCUGCGAGGACUUCUUGAACUCUGUAUCCACUGGAUUAAACCGACCACCAUGGCUUAAGGGCAAAUACAUGCUGGUAAGGUACGAAGACCUGGCCAGAAAUCCCAUGAAAAAGACUGAGGAGAUUUACAGUUUUCUGGGUAUUCCCAUGGACAGCAACGUCGAGCGAUGGAUACAAAACAAUACAAGAGGGGACAGGUCCUCAGCCAAACACAAGUAUGGGACCGUCCGGAACUCGGCAGCGACAGCAGAGAAAUGGCGGUUCCGCCUCUCCUACGAGAUUGUGGAGUUUACUCAGAACGCCUGCCAGCAGGUGCUGGCGCAGCUUGGCUACAAAAUGGCAGGCUCGGAGGAAGAGCUGAAGAACCUCUCCAUCAGCCUGGUGGAAGAGAGGGACUUUCUGCCCUUCUCGUAACCCAGGCAUUGUGCUCUCUUUUUGAUACGGACUGUUUCUAACUAUUGCCUUAUUUGAUUUUAUUUUUUUCCCUCUCUCCCUCCAAAAUUUGCACUAAAUCUUGAAUGGGAAUCUCAAUGGCAUUAUGGCGAGGAGACAGCUCCCUCUCAUGGUGCGCUUUGGACGCAAGGGCAUUGGGCAUCUCAGAGCAAGAGCUAGAACUGUGGCUGGGUAACAAUGUUUACAAAACACACAUAUAAUGUAUAAAACAACCUUCAAGCUUUCCAUACCGAAGGGUACCUGGGGUACUGUACUUUUGCACUGUUUACUUUUACAAUGUAAGAGAUAAAUAUAUAUAUAUAAUUUAUGAAUGGUGGUGUCCCCUUGAGAAUAAUUCCCCUUGCCUCCCAGUUCUGAGCAGGUUAUGCUGUUAGCUGAAUGUGGAAUAACCUCUUCAUUUUUCAGUCUCGUUUUGAUAUGUCUGUUCGUUUAAGUCGUGUUAUUGGGCUGGGCAGUCAGUCGGUUGCUGAUCCAUGGUUGUUUGGUAACACCUGUGACAUUUCUUUGUGCCAAAAAAAAAAAUUAGUUGAUUGGGUGAUUUGCUAAAAACAAACAAAAUUAAUGCUUUAUCUCUGUGUUUUCUGUAAAUAAAAGAGUGCAAUGAAACUGACCGUUCCUGGGGGGUGAAAUUCAGCUGGAAGAGCUCAGUAAAUGCAGCUAGGGCAUGAAUAUGACAUGACUCCCCCGGCAUCAAUAGGACUGACCCACCCGGUGGGGUGGGAUGUAGCUGUCCCCUUCAGAGCAUAGGAAUGGCACCAGGGGGUGAAGGUGAGGGAGACAGGGUACAGAGAUGCAAGCCGAGAGUGGGCUGGGCUGACCCUGGAGACUCAUUCAUUGCUGGGGGAAGGAAUGGGGUUUCAGAAUUUGCCACCGGCUGCAAUUCACUCUCUCUCACUCAGUUUUGUGCAUGC